AUGGGACAGUCCCUCAGCCAGGAAGUUGAAAAGAAGCCCGACGUUCUGGGGGAUGUUGAACGCCGCAUGCGCAACAAGCUGGAAUGUACAAAAGCAAAGCUGUACAUCGACGCCCUUAACGACGAAUGCAUAGCGAUAGUGUGUGCGGUGGCGAAGUUUGAUGGCAUGCUGUACAUAGAAGAUGCGAAAAACCAAGAUCCGAAGGGCGACAUUGAGAGCAUCAUGGGAAGUUAUCUACACAUGGAGGGUAAUAAACCAGACGACGAGCUAAUACAGCUGGUGGGCAAUGUGGUAAAAGCCUUACUAACCCAUAAACAGGGAACAGUUGAAGGUCGCCACACACACGUUGUUUAUGCCAACAAGGGCUUCAUUCGUUUUGACUACUUUAUCUACCUCCAAAUCCUGGAUGAUGGAAAAAACGCUGCCCUGUCUUACUACGGACAAGUGGGUCUCAUGGAUGUGACAAAAGCUAAACCACAAGUGCUAAUUUACGAGCUGAGAAGAGCGACAGACGACAAAAAGCUUGAGAAGGCAGGUAAAGAGCUGGAGAAGUUGGAGAGCGAUUCAAUGAAGAAAGUUGGAAAAUUCCUGAUAAAGCUAGCUACUGGUGAAGAUCAAAUUGGUGGGACAUAG